ACUCAGCUGAUCCGGGUGGUGCGCUUGGGGAGGGCCUGGGCUUGGGCUGACGUCACUGCUCCUUGACGUGUGGAGGGCUAGAUGAGACAUUGAAGUCGCUGCCUGCUGCCUUCGGCCUGCAGCCGGGUAAGACUAUGAAUUGUGGCGUUUCUUAAAUGAAGCAUUCAGGAGUGAAGUGAAAGAAAGCCAUAACAUAUGGGAAAUAAAAAUCUCUUAAGUAAUGUCCAUUCAUUUGACUUUAGAUAUAUGUAUUUAUCUCCUUAGUUAUGCAAGAAGCCUUUGUGAGAAACAGAAGCAAGCAACUGUAUCUCUUAUGCACACCUAAGUAUUAUUGGAAGAUAAGCUGUAUCAGUCAGCAAAUAAGUUUCCAUACAAGCAAAACAAGAUAUAAAUGUACCAAAAGUCACACAUUUGUUUGUAGUAAACACUAUUGUAAUCCAUGCAACCAUGAUUUACACAUUGGAGUUUUAAAACUUAACACUUCUGCACCCAAGGGACUAACAAAAGUCAACAUUCAUAUGUCCCGUAUUAAAAACACCUUGGACUCUAUUUCAAAAGCUGUCUUUGGCAAUCAGAAUGAAAUGUUUUCACGUUUCUCUAAACUCAAACCAGGAAUAUUGAGGAAAAAAUCAGAAGAUGACACAUUAAGCCAGAAAAGUGUUAAACAAGCGUCUGGCACCAACACUCUGAAUGAUUCCAGUGGCGAUAAAAUAAAGAGCCCUUUUCCAGAAGGCAAAACCUCAGACCCUUCUUUGGAAAGCCCAGCAAAAAUCGACCCAGUUUUAGAGAAAGGUCUAGAAGACAAUAAACAAAACAUUUGUUAUACAAACUAUAUAAUUACAAAAUUUGAAGAAUCAUUACACUUUUUAUCAAGUCAUAUAAAUUCAUACUUUACAAAUAUGACUGAAAGAAAUGAAAAUAACCGUGUGCAGCAGGAUACAGAGAUAAAAGUGGGAAAGAGUGAAGAUGAAAUUAGACACAGUCCUCCCAAGGAAGUAGUUCAACUUAAAGAGAAGGGGACGGAUUCACAAUUUCUUUCAGCUGCUGUAGGUCACCCUGAGGAGCUCACUGGGACAUCUGAUGCUCUUCCAGUUUCUGUUAAACAGAGCUUUGCCAACUUUCUUGCACGACCUACUGACAGGGUACAAGCGCUUGUGGGUGGUUACAUUGUCGGACUUGUACCCAAAUUAAAGGCUGAUUCAAAACAUCAUUCGGAAGAAUUUCAGGGGGGCGACCCAGCUGAGGAGGCUCACAAGAAAGAAAAACAAGAUGAAGAGAAAAGACGCUUAUAUCUUCAGCGAGAAAAGAUUAUUGAAAGGGUGAGUAUAGAUAAUAGAACCCGGGCUUUAGUUCAAGCAUUAAGAAGAACGACUGACCAUAAACUCUGUAUUACCAGGAUCGAAGAAAUAACUUUUCAUCUUCUAGCAUUUCCUGAAGCAAAAGCACUAGCUGUCAAGGAAAAACUUGUUCCAUACUUACUACGACUAAGACAAGUUAAGGAUGAAGCUCUUCAAGCCACUAUUAGGGAAAAUUUGGCUUUAAUCGGCUAUACAGAUCCAGUGAAAGGAAGAGGAAUUCGUAUUCUCACUAUCGAUGGUGGAGGAAUAAGAGGUAUGGUUGCUCUUCAGAGUCUUCGAAAAAUAGUUGAACUUACUCAACAACCAAUUCAUCAACUUUUCGAUUAUAUUUGUGGUGUAAGCACAGGUGCCAUAUUAGCUUUCAUGUUGGGAUUAUUUCAUUUGCAACUGGAUGAAUGUGAGGAACUUUAUCGAAAGUUAGGAACAGAUGUAUUUACCCAGAAUCUUAUUGUUGGAACAGUCAAAAUGGGGUGGAGCCAUGCAUUUUAUAACAGUGAAACCUGGGAAAGAAUACUUAAGGAUAGAAUGGGAUCUGAUCUAAUGAUUGAAACAGCAAGAAAUUCCAAAUCUCCUAAGGUGGCAGCAGUAAGUACUCUUGUAAACAGAGGAGUAACACCAAAAGCAUUUGUGUUCAGAAACUAUGGUCAUUUUCCUGGAGUCACUUCACACUAUUUAGGAGGAUGUCAUCACAAAAUAUGGCAAGCUAUUCGAGCAUCAUCUGCUGCACCUGGUUACUUUGCAGAAUGUGUAUUAGGAAAUGACCUUCAUCAAGAUGGAGGUUUGCUUCUGAAUAAUCCUACAGGUUUAGCAAUGCAUGAGUGUAAGUGUCUUUGGCCAGAUACCCCAUUCCAAUGUAUAGUAUCCUUGGGCACUGGGCGUUAUGAAGGUGAUGUGAGGAACAAUUUAACAUCGACAAGCCUGAGAAGUAAACUGUCAACUGUUAUCAGCAGUGCUACUGAUACAGAAGAAGUCCAUGUAAUGCUUGAUGGCUUUUUACCUCCUGAUACUUAUUUUAGAAUCAACCCUGUAAUGCAUGAAAACAUACCUCUGGAUGAAAGUCGAAAUGAAAAACUUGACUUCUUACAGUUGGAAGGGAUUCAAUAUUUAGAGCGAAAUGAAGAAAAAAUGAAAAAACUUGCAAAAAUAUUAACCCAAGAAAAAACAACUCUACAGAAACUUUCUGAUUGGCUGAAAUUAAAAUCAGAUAUGUAUGAAGGUCUUCCAUUUAUAUCUAAAUUGUGAAAAAAAAUUGCAUGCACCAUCUUAAGUGUGAAAGCUAUUCUAAAAGAGCUACUCAGUUCUAUGAAAAAUUGAUGCAUAUAGGCAUACACAUAAACUCUAUGAUAACUGUAGAAUGUGCUGGAAAAAAAACUGCCCAGACCAGCAUGAAAAGUUCAGAAUUUAUAUUGGAAUUAGGUUUUUAUGAUGUUAAUAAUUAUAUAAGCUUUAGGAACUUACCUGUUGUACUACUUGGUUUUAGUAAACACAGUGCUGUUUUUGUUAUUGUGAAGUUUUGAGGUAUGUUAAUAUUUGUGCCAAACAAGACACUGGAAAUUAUUCAAAUGCUGUAUUUUUCCUUUAAGGUACCAUAAUCAUGUUGAAUUUAUUUGAACAUUGUGUUGUGGGGUUUUUUUUCUUAGUGGAAAAUCAAAAUUUUUCUUAAGAAUCUAUUCUAGCACAUUUUUACAUUUCCAGUUUAAUAAUCUCUUAAUGGAUGUAUUAAAAUGGACAUUUAGUUAGAGUCCUUUCACAAAAAAUAAAAUAACUUUUAAAUACAUAAUUUUAUCACUUAAAAUUUACUUCCAUCAUCAGGGAGUUUGGUUCAAGAAACAUAUCACCAGUUUACCAGUACUUUUCUGAGAUUUCAACAUACUAGUGGUAUGCUAUCUUUUCUAGAUCAACUCUAGCUUUAGCCCUUCAUUGUUUGAGAAUUAAUCCUUUGAAUUCAUUGAAGAAAAUAUUCCUAUCAAAAUAACAAAAUUAAUUCCUGAAGUAAUCUGUUCCAGAAAGGCUGAUGUUAUUUUUUCAGUGUUAGCAAUGUUUAAAUGUUUUGUAGGAGUUGAACUGAUUGAAUGUUUCAAAGAAAGACAGAAUUCACAUCAGCUAUUAAAUGAAUAAUAACAUUGAUGUAGCACUUUUAAGAUGUGCAAAGCUUGCAUGCGUUAUUUCCAAAAAACCUCAAACAGCCUUUUGAGAUAGCUAGUAUGUCUUCAUUUUAGAGAUAAAGAAAUUGGAUCUCUGGAAUAUUGUGAAUGAUAAGUAGUCAAUAUCAGAGGUAGGAUUUGACCCAAGUCCAGAUUUUACCCGGAAUCAAUGAUACAGCUGACUGAAAUUUAAGAUAUCUUUAUUGCUGAUCAAAAACAUUUCUGUUUUUCUCUUUCUCAAAAUUUGCCUUGGAAGCGUUACAUUGGUUUGGAAAGCAUGCCCCAGAGAAAAUUCAGGAAGGGUAACUUGAUUGUUCUACUUAGCUGCAUGUGGAGCCCCAGGCCACCUCCUGAAUUUCACUGGUGUUUUGUGUAGCCUGCUGGGCCACUUUCACCGGACCAUGACAAUAAUCUUAAGCAAAACAGACCCUAACACUUUCAAAGUGAACAGCACUUAAAUAAAGUUGGUGGUGUGUACUUCCUUUGGCCAGGAUCCACAUCUCUUUCACUUUCCUGCAAACUAUCAAAGUGAUAAUGUAAUAUUUGUUUAGAGAGAGAGAGAGAGAGUUCAGCUCAGUACAACCAGGAGCCUCUUAAUUGUACCUGAUUUCAUUUCCCAACAGCUCUGUUAAUCUAUUAAGUUCAUCACCAUACUGUUUGAGGCAGAGACUAGAAAACCUUGUCAGCCAUGCUUUAAGGGAAAUUUGUCCAUGUAACAGAAGUUGGACUAGAUGACUGCUAGGAUUUUGAGGGCAAAUGGUGCUAAAUUAUCAACAUAGAUUGCUUUUGGGGAAAUAAUUCAAGGAUUUAUGUACCAGAAUACCUAUGAAAAAUAGAGAACUGUUGAAGGUCAGGUAAUAAUGGCAUAUUCAAUGAAUGUCAGCAAAUACCAUGUCAGGUAUUAUUUUUGUUAGCUAAAAGCAUUUAUCUUCCCUACUACAGUCUUUACCCUCCCCUCCCAAACAGGUGUAAAUUAUAUAUUUUUGAUUUCAUUAUCUUUCCCAAAAAACAUGCCUCUCCGUCUACCUCCUCUCCAUUGAUGGCAUUAUCUUCCUCCCAAGUUGCACAGGCUGGCCAAAGUAAAACCUCAGUCAUCUUUGGAAGCAGCUGGUACUGUGGAAAAAGUACUGACUCUAGAGUCAAAGAAUUUGUCUCUGAUGUUUGGUAUCUGUGUGAACCUGGACAAAUCAGUUAGCCUCCUGUACCUCAGUUUUCUUAUCUGUUUAAGAAAAAAAAAAGGAAGGCAUUGUACUAGAUGAUGUCUGAGGUCCCUUCCAGCUCUAGGUGUAUGGUCCCAUGACUACCUAUUCCCUCACUUGGUACCCCCAUCCAAUUUGGCAUAAGGCCCUCAUCUUGAUUCUCCUUUCACAUCUCUUGCAUGUGUCCCUUUCUCUCUGCUCAUAUUGCUACCACUUCAGCUCAAUUCCUCAUCACCUCAUAUCUAUUCUACUGUAUCCUCUGUUUUAUGUAUUCUAAUCUUUCACACAGAUACUAAAAUUAAUUACCCUAUAACAAAAUUCAAAUGUCUUGCCCUGGCAUUUUAUGGUUCUCAUCAAUACGGCUCCAGCCUACCCUUCCAACCUUCCAUGAGGUACUCCAUAUUCCAGCCAAAUCUUUACCUGAUCCCAGCUCAUCUCAUUGCAUCCUCAGGAGGCUUAGAAUGCACUACCUUCUCAUUGCUGCCUUGUAAAAUACUCUUCUUUCACGACUCAGCUGAGGUGCCUUCUCCUCUGUGAUGUGCCUUGCUGAGAAUGUCCUCUCCUUCCUAAAAUUUUUCUACAGGACUUUUGCCUACUUCUCUCCACAUCUGUAUCGCACACUACUUUAUGUUCAGUUUAUGUGUAUGAAUGUGUCUUAGUUCCUCCAGUGGCCAAGAAUAUACUGGAUACUGAUAGGGUCUGUGUCAUUUUUUUCACCUUUAUAUUAUUCACAGGGCCAUAUACACAACUUAAUAAAUUUUAAAUUGAAUUCUA